UUUAUUAUACACUCUACUAUAUACUAAUCCAACCAGACACUGGUGAUGGAGUUCAUGCUGCAGGGGUUCUCAGAACACCCCUCCCUGCGGCUGCCGCUGCUGGGCUGCUUCCUGGUGCUCUAUGUCGUGGCUCUCACAGGUAACACCGUGAUUAUCACCGUUGUGGGCUUCAGCCCAGGCCUUCAUAGCCCCAUGUACUUCUUCCUGUCCAACCUGGCCACCAUGGACAUUAUCUGCACCUCCACGAUCCUGCCCAAGGUGCUGGUGGGUCUGGCUGCUCAAGAACACACCAUCUCCUAUGCCGGCUGCAUGGCCCAGCUCUUCUUCCUAGUCUGGGCUGCAUCCUCUGAGCUGCUGCUGCUCUCAGUCAUGGCCUUCGACCGCUACAUGGCCAUCUGCCGCCCGCUGCACUACAACACCAUCAUGAGUCGGUGGGUGUGCAUGGCACUGGCUGGAGGUGUGUGGGGAAUCUGCGCCCUGAAUGCCUCAGUCAACACAAGUCUGACUGCACGGCUGACCUUUUGUGGGCCCCAUGUCAUCACUCACUUCUUCUGCGAGAUCCCCCCACUGCUGCUGCUCUCCUGCAGCCCCACACGACUGAACAGCAUCAUGACAGUCCUGGCCGAUGGGUUCUAUGGCUUCACCAACUUCCUACUCACGCUGGCCUCCUAUGGCUACAUCGUGGUGAGCAUCCUGUGCAUCCGGUCAGCGGAAGGGAAGCGCCGCGCCUUCUCCACGUGCUCCUCCCACCUCAUCGUGGUGUCAGUAUACUACACCGCUGUGUUCUGCGCCUACAUCAGCCCCGCCUCCAGCUACAAUCCCCAGAGGAGCAAAGUGUCUGGGGUGCUGUAUACAGCCCUUAGCCCCACGCUGAACCCUUUGAUCUACACUCUGCGGAAUGCAGAGUUCCAGCGAGCUUUGGGCAAGCUCCUGACCUUCUGCUGUAGGUGA